UGAAUGUAAUGCAACAGAGUCAACCAUGUCAUAUUUCAAAAAAUAUACAAGCACGAAAAGUGAGAAAAUUAAUAUUUGGAGUGCAUUUAAACCUUUGUAUUUUAUAUUAACUUUGUUUGGGUUGUUACCGUACUCACUCAAGUUUCCAAAGGGAUCUGGAGGCGCUAUAAUAAUCCAUAAGUCGAUAUACUUCAACUCACUCUGUUCGGUCUCAAUGAUUUUAAUCCUUUACUCGUUUUUCGUUCUUCAUACGCAGCAAGUGUUCGCCACAACCGAAAGCAACACGAUGACUGAAGUUCUAACGACCAAGCUCAACUACAUGUUGGAAAUGCUCACUUUAUUAUUAUUUGCCACGAUCAGUUAUUUUUGCGCUUAUAAAAACAGAUUUAAUUACGUGAAAAUAUUGAAUGCCAUAGUUUCAUCGAGUAACAAGUUCAUUGAUCAUAAAGUUGUCCGUCGAUUACAAGUGCAGGUGAAGAUAGUACUUUUGUGUCUGUUUUUAUUAUUAUUGAUACAAAUUACGAUAAAUUUCACAAGACUAGACACAGUGAGGAAAAUGAUGCUGGUGACUUCUAGCUUUAUUUUACCACAGAUGAUACAAUUCACAGUUAUAAGCUUCUAUUACGUGUUAGUUUUGAUGGUUGUUGGUGUCCUGAAAAACAUUAAUGAGCAAAUGGAAAGGUUAUGUUACUACAACAGGAUUAAUGCUGGAUUUAUAAAAGUGGAUAAAAGGAUUACUUUGAAUCAGAUAGAAGUUGUUUAUGUGAACAUGUUGGAGAUGAAACGAGAGAUAAAUAGAGCAUUUCAAGCAUCUAUUUUGGCGACUGCGAUCCAAUGUUUCCACUCAAUAGUGAGUGAAUCGCACAUUCUCUACCACGGGCUGGUCGUAGAUCAUACUCUGACGACGCAUGACGUAUGUAACUGCUCGAUAUGGAUUGUGUAUCAGUUGAUAAAGAUAUACACUAUAUCGUGUUCAGGGAGCAUGUUGAAAGAGCAUGCGGCAAAAAUCGGACGCAGCUUGCAUAAUAUACACCCAGGCCAAGAUGACGCUAGAUUGUAUUUGGAAGUGCAACAUUUCUCCUCGAUGAUAUUGUACCAGAACGCGGAGAUGACUGUUUACGAUUUCUUCCCGCUGGAUUCUACCUUCACUUAUAAUGUAAGUUUACUUAUGAUAUAG